GUGACUAAAGUUUAUAAAAGAAAACGAAAACGCACCGUAGGAGUUCAGUGCCGUAUCAAAAAGCAGAGCGUGCUUUAGUCGCCCAGCAGCAGCAGCCAGCAAUAAACCCGAAAGGCCAGCCACAGAAGCGAGUUGCUUUAAAUUAGAUUUCUAAUCACCCCAAACACACAACAAAAAACAAAGCAAAAUGUCAAGUGCGAGCAACGACAACCCCAUCUAUGGCCCCUUCUUCGGUGUUAUGGGCGCUGCGUCCGCCAUUAUCUUCUCAGCACUCGGCGCCGCUUAUGGCACUGCCAAGUCUGGUACCGGUAUUGCUGCCAUGUCAGUGAUGCGUCCUGAACUGAUCAUGAAAUCCAUCAUUCCUGUGGUCAUGGCGGGUAUCAUUGCCAUUUACGGUCUGGUCGUCGCUGUGCUGAUUGCCGGCCAACUGGACUUGCCGGCCAAUUACACCCUAUACAAGGGUUUCAUUCACUUGGGCGCCGGUUUGUCUGUGGGCUUCUCGGGCCUGGCAGCCGGUUUUGCGAUCGGCAUUGUGGGCGAUGCCGGUGUGCGUGGCACAGCACAGCAGCCACGUCUGUUUGUCGGCAUGAUUCUGAUUCUCAUCUUCGCUGAGGUGUUGGGUCUCUACGGCUUGAUUGUGGCCAUUUACCUGUACACGAAAUAAAUCAAUCAAUUCAACACACACACAACAAGUAGACAAACAGCCCAGCAAUCAACAACAUCAACUACAACAAAAACAACAACAACAACAACAAGAAAAACAACAACUGCAAGUAAAAAGUGUAUCAAAUUGAAAACCAUCCAACAAUAACAACAAAUUCAAAACGCGUUUUGGUGGCAACUCUGGUGGCCGUUUGUAUAUAGCAAAAAAAAAAACAAAACAAAACAAUAACAAAUAACUGCAAUUGAUGAGUUGGGCGCCAGUGUU